GUUCACUGAAGUUGACAGACAGACGUGUAAUUGUUGACAUUACAGACACGUACUUCACAUCUGUAACCUCAAAAAGUAAAACGUCAAAAAUAAAAAUACUUUUACAAAUAUGAUUAAAUUGAGACAAAAAAAUCGACAAGAAGAAUCAUACAAAUUAUUAAAACACAAAGACAGUGAUAGUGAUGGAGAAGAAACGGAAUUGUUUAUUAGAAAUAAGCCACAGAGGAUAGAAUUUCCAACAGUAGAAAAAGUUAUUGAAGAGGGAGAUACUUUACAGUCACUAGCCAUCAAAUAUCAUUGUCCGAUUGCGGAGCUAAAAAGAAUAAACAACAUACACAAAGAAAAUGAGAUCUUCGCCAAGAGAGUAAUCAAAGUGCCUCAUAGACCCUUCACGUCAGCCUUAGCAAGCGUUCACAUAAGUGGAAACAAUUCUCCAGAUCUUCCAGCUGUACCACCCGUAGGGAUGCUGAUAGAUAUAGAUUCAGUGAAUUUUAAAUUGACUGAAAGUAUAUCGUCAGAAUCUAAAAAUGAAGUCAACGAAAUUAUUUUUAAUAGCCAAAUUGCCCAAAAACCAAAUGACAGGUUAAGUCCGGAUAUAGAAAACGCAUGCGACGAGGAAGUUAGUUUGUUACCACAAAAUACUGUGAUAGAAACAGAUUCGAUUGUGUCUAGAUUAAGUUGCAGUGGAGCCGACGCUGAUAUAUCAUGGAAAGUUCUAAUGGGUUGUACGGUUAUUCUAAUUCUAGCUUUACCUUUAAUCUACGUAUUUUAUAUUGCCGAACACCCCGAGAGUUACCAUCAUCAACACGGUUCAUGAUAUCAGUAGUAUUAUAUCGCUAGACAUUUUAAGAAAUUAAAAAUACUGUAGGCAGGUCCAAAGAAGGAAUCGCCAAACAAGUUGUAGUCUCGUUUACACGAUUUUCAGAAGAAAAAAAGCUUCCUUUAAAAAGUUUUAAGAUACUUGACUUGGGCGUUUUAAAAAAUGAAAUGAAGUGUUUGAUGUUAUGUUCAACAUAAACUAACGAAGUUUUGUUUCUAGAAUAUUUUUCAGAAAUAUUUGCUUAUUAUUAGUUUAAUGUUAUCGUCUAUGAAUAGUGUGACCAACUCCUAUUUAGUCAAAUUCGGGACACGGCUGAAAAAAAUACCUGAAAUCCGGGACUUUUCAAUGAAAAUCGGGCCAUUUUUUUUAAUAUAGAACUUUCAUAAUAUCAUCAUUUUAUUUAUUAAACAUUUUUAUGUUGACAGUGAUAUUUUUAAUUGGGUUGUAAUGAUAAUGACGAUAAUUAAAAUACAGAAACAAAAAAAAGUUCACAGUUUGAGUUUUUGUAGAACUAUAAUACCAAAUACCACGAUAUGCAGCGUUUUGUAUGUGGUAUUAAUAUUCUUCUUCUUCUUCAGCCUUCAGAAAUCCAACUUUGGACAUAGGCCUCCCCCAAUUCAAUCCAGUGUUGUCUUUUUUGCGCCACGUGUUUCCAGUUAUGUCCUCCAAAGUUCUUUACGUCAUCAGCCCAUCUCAUUUGUAGCCUUCCUUUGCUUCUUCUUCCUAACCACGGUCUCCAUUGUUGUAUUUCAUGAUUCCAUCUUUUAUACUUCAGUCGGGCAUUGUGACCUGCGAAGAUCUAUUUUAAUUUGUCUUUUACUUUGGUUUUGUUUCUAAUCCAUUUAUUUGUUUUUUUAUAUAUAAGCCUCACCCCGAGUAUUGAUCUUAAUAUUACACUCUCGAAAUUGUCGACUUUUUUUCGUCAUACCAAUUCAGUUUGAUAUGAAUUCUUAGAAGAAUAUUCAAAAUUUCAAAAUAGAAUUUUACCAAAACAUUGAAAAUUCGGAUGGCCCGGAAGCUUGGUCCGGGACGCCGGGACACGACUUCGUAAUUCGGGCCAUGUCCUGGAUUUUUCGGGCUAGUUGGUCACACUAUCUAUGAAUAACUGAGAGCUGUUAUAUACCUCGCAAACUAAUUAUUUUAUUUUAACUCAAAAAAUAGUUGAUUUAUUUAUCCAAAGCAUAGACUUAUAUAUUAAUAUAAGCUGAGUGCACCAUUCGUGCUUCCUGACAAGAUCUCUUAGAAUGGUUUGGUGUUAUCUCUUUCUAGCACAUUGUAUUGAGAAACUAACAUAUACUUCAUACUUCUUCCCACUUAAAAAUGACGUGAAUGAUACUGUCGCAGCUUUACGUGGCUUUACUAUGUGUAAGAGUGAAGCAGCACUGAUCAAAAAUAAAAGAUGGAGUCGUCACUUCGCUGAUAAAUGGGCACUAGAUACUUCGUACUAGAUACAUGGGUAGGUACCGAAUUGCUAUGCUUAUGGACUAAUCCAGUCUGUUCUCAGAUGUGACUUUCGUCCCUAUCAUGUUAUUGUCAAGAAACUGUUCAAAAUAAUUGUUUUUCGAUACAAAAAUACAUUAAUUUAUAGCAAUA